AUGGAAAACGACGAGUCUCCUUUGAUGCGCUCGUAUCCUGGAGAGCGCACGUCUUCGUCAGGUGAGGCGGACGUCGACGUCGACAGGAGCGCCUCCACCGCCUCGGGCGUGGCAGAGUCCUCCGUCGCGACGACCACGACCAUCGCCAGCAGCAGCCUAUCGACCUUUUACCAAACUGUUGCUACAGAGAGGGUCGAGCACGACGUGGAAGACGCGCACGACGGCGGCGUGGCGACAGCGGCUCCCUCCCAUUUUUCCUUUCUGCACCCCGCCGCUCCCGGCCCGUCUUCCUUGCCCUUUCCGCAGCGUCAGACAUCUCUGCAGUCGCCUUUGCUAAGCUCAGGGGCACACAACCCUGUCGCUGCCCCGAUGCCAGCGGUACCAGCAGCGCCGUCAACGGUGCCGCCACCUCCCCCUGCUGCCGACCACGGGCAUGUCGUUACUGCUCCAUCACCUACGGACCACAAAGGUGAUGAAGGGCAGCGAAGGGACACCGAAGGCGAGUCCCACGGUGAUGUUCCGUUAGCAGACGAUGAAGAUGGGAAGGAGGUACAGUCAGUGGAGGCGAAUCCUCCUGCGAUCAACGAUGGCGUUGAACGGACCGUUCCGCCGCUGGCAGCAGUGCCAGAGCUGCCUCCUUUGCAGCGCCUACCCUCAGUACACGAUCCCAACCCUCCUCAAUUCUCUGCGAGUCUUGCGCAAGUCGAUGAGGCUUCCGCGUCCCCCCAUCAACGAAGCGUCGCAGAACAAAGCUCUCGUGGUGACGACCUCCACCACCGCAGCGAAAGCCUCAAUCACGAAGGGCGCAGCAGUGGGAGCAGCAACGGCAGCAGCGGCCACCACAGUACAGAUCCUACCUCCACCGCCGCGUACGGCUCUCCGCGUGGCCGCCCCGCUUCUCUCGACUCCACCAGAGAGAACGACAACGACAGCGACGAUGGCGCCGUGGGUGAGAGCGAGGCUGGCUCUAAGCAGACGCGACGCAGCCACGACGAGGAGGAAGCUGCUGGCGGCUCUACCGUUGAAAAGAGGCGCGCCCCCAUCGAUCGCGAAGACGAAGACUACGAGGAGGGCUCCGCAGAGGAGGAGGAGGACGGAGACAAAGGAGAGGUGGAUGUGGACGGCGACGAGCAGGGGAGCACCGAGAUCACGGCCAUCACGCAGCUGCCCGUGAGAGACGACGCAGCGAAGCGUAAAGCGCCAUCCCCACCCACUGGCACCUCGCGUCGACGCCGUCACCGUCGCUCACAGCGCCGCCCGCUGCACGCCGGCCCACGAACCCCCGCCACGGCUCUUCUGUCCGCCCGCGUGGAGAAAACACUUGAUAGUGGCAGUACUCAAAAUAGAAGACAAGGUGGUGUUGGUGGAGGGAAACGUGCUGCUGCGGUGCCGCCGUCUUCGUCUCCCCAUCGCCGCCGCCUUCAACUCGCCACGGCGGCCCCGCCGCUGAUCGCCGUGGAUGCCCCGGUGACGACGCACACGUUGGAUGUGGCGUCUACCCGCUCUAGCCUGCCCUCGCCGACGCCCUCGGAGGUAGUGGUGGUGCCACCGAGUAAGAUGGGGGGAGGAGAAGACCCGUCGCUCUACUCGCAGAAGAAAGGUAGAAGGGACAGUAAAGAGGAGGGGUUCGCCUUCCUGGGGUCCGUACCACUGCCAUCCCGCUCGCCGAAGCAGGACCGCCACGGCAGCUGGCCCACGCCGCUCUUCUCUAGCAGCGACAGCGGAAAUGACGAGGAGGAGGGCGGCACUCCGGCACCCCCGCCUCAGCCAGCUCCCCUUGCGGCUCCACCGGCGGAGGCCGAAGAAACGGUGGUGGGCGAGACGAGCGUCUUUCCUGUGCUCCACCGCACCCCAGCUUCCACCGUUGCGGCGAUCACAAGCACACAGGAAGCGAUACCCGCUUCACACGCGGCGAAUGCGGACGCUCCACCGGCAUUCAUAUCGGCUUCAACGGCAGCAGCGCUCCCGACUUUAUCAUCAUCAUCAUCGACUCCCCCCGCUGCGUUGGUGCCGCUCUCCGCCACCGAGGAGGAGGAGGCCCCACUGUCAACAGAUCUGCCCGCCGCCUCGCGGGCAUCUGUGAAGGCAGCCAAUAGCACCGACGUCACCGCUUCCGCACCGGCCACACCGCAUCGGCUCAGCGCGGAAGACUUGGUUCCCCCAUCGCCGUCGGCGGCGCUGCGCACAUCACCUACCCCUCCAAGUCUCCCCCUUACUGUUGGGCUGACCAUGACGAACGCGGUGGUGGCUGAACUGUCUCCGCCCCGCUUCUCCCCCGCCGGCUCGGUCGACGCAUCCUUCAACGCUGCGACGAACUCGUGGACACUCGAGAGCGCCGGUCCGACCGGCCCACGGCUGUCGGUGAGUGAAGUCCCGAUGCACUCUCUCAUCAGUGGCCAGUCGCCGCUCACCAUGGCCCGGUUUGCGAAUCGCGGCACUGUCUCCGUUGACGGCAGCUUCCACGACGACGGCGGCGGCGAUCGUGCUGGUCGAUGCAGCAUCCACGAUGCGUCUUCUUCGUCUUCUUCCUAUUCCUCAUACUACUACUCGUACUCCUACUCGGGCAGCUCCAGCUACGGAUCGUCUUCGAGCUACACGGGCUCGCCGCGCGCACCGGUGCCGACGCCGCGCAACGCACACGGCCCGACCAGCUACUCCUCCACGUCGCACAAGGCAGAACUGAGCAUCACGCGGGUUGGCCUCGCCGACGACCUACGCGGCGCUGGGCGCGGUGUCAGCAGUACCAGCCGACAUCGUGACGGGGGUGCAGGUUCAGCGGGGGGAUACGGCGGUUUGGUCGAGCUCACCGCGUACGAAGACGUCGCACCGGACUCCGCGGUAAAGGCAGGUAAGGCGAGCAAGCUCAAUUUUCUGCGAGGUUUGUGUAAGAAGCCGGCGGCGGAGCAGCGGCAGUGGCGCACGGAGGAGCGUGUCGUUCGUGGUACCGCUUCAUCUUUGCCACAUGCGCGACCUUCUGAAAACGCGCAUGCGGAGACGGCGGCGCAUGAGGGAGAUACGUUAGCUGCGACAACAACGACCACCGCAACCACCUCCACCGCACCAACGGCGACACAGAAAGGCAAUGGGCGGCACACAGCGCACACCGGAAGUACGAUGGACAUGGUGAGUCCGACGGCCUCGGCGGCGGUGGAGGGCGAUGGGGAAGAGGAAAGAGACAUGGUGGGCAGCUCGCCGGAGGGUGGCAGUGCGACUGAGGCGGCACGCGACCACUACAGCAACGACGCGAACGAAGAGGAGCAGGCGUCAGGCAAAGCAGACAAGGUGCUGCACCAGGUGGAGUCCGUAAACCAGGAACCGCCGGCGAAUGUUGGGGAGGGUGUCGAACCACAAGAAGGUAGCAUGGACAUUACUACUAGGGAUGUUGGUGCUGCUGCUGAGAAAAACAAGGAAAACGAAACCGCCUCCAUUACAUCGCAACUGCGCGAUGCGCAAGACAAAUUUGCAGACGGUGCCAUGGUGCUAGCAGCACCCCCCGGUCACCCACCGCCACCACCACCACCACAACCUUUGCAGCGCGCUGCGGCUCCUCCCUCCUUCACCACACCCGACAAAGAAGCAAAAGUUUUGUGCGGAGGCUCGAGUGAUGUUGUCGAAGACUCGUCCUCCUCAGCAGAACGUGAUCAAGACGAACCGCAGCCACAGGAUCUACGUCAGAGACAGGAGGCGGGCCCCGACGCAGAAGAGCUACCACCUUCCUCCACAACGACAUCGUCCUCGAGCGACUUCGGCGACGCUGAUAACUUGCUCACGGGUGCAGCUGUCCCGAGUAGUGAGAGCCCCUAUGAAGCCGCUCCGGUCGCGGAGGGCAGCCCUACGAUGCCGCCGGGUAUGGCCGCAAAUGCGGCAGAGGCAGAGCAGCUGGAUGUAAAGGAGGAAGAGGAGAACAAGGCCGCCGUCGCUCAUACCGUCCACAACGACGACGAAGACGACGGUGGCGGACCCGACCGUUCGAUUGUAGCGGGCGCAUCGCCGUCGUUGCCACCGCUCGAGCCGUUGAAGGCGUUUUACGUCUACGCGGAGGAGGCGCCGCGCUUUUCUGCGUGGGAUGCCGAGCCGCCGAUCCCGCACACAGACGCCGACGACGACGAAGAGCGAAGAGAAAAGGACGAGAGGUGGACGGACCGUUUACGCAGCGAGGCGACGGCCGCUGCAGCUGCGGCGCAGGCGGCUCUUCAGCAAGCGCUGUCUGACAUGGCGGUGCACCCCCCACGACAGUGUCUCUUUGUGGAGCUUCACGGGCUGCAGCAGCUGUCUCGUACCGUGUUGUGGCCUCGUCAUGCAAAGGUAGGCGCUUCUGGUACUGCUGCUGCUGUGCCGAACGUAUCGCAGGAUCACGUGCCGACCGCACAGACGUCUGGGGAUGUGUGGCACGGAGACAGCUGGCAAGGAGACGCCCACAGAGGAGCGGUGCCUAUCAACGGCGUUGCAGCCGCCAACGGUGCGGCAGCGGAGGAUCCGGCGUGGGCGGAGGUGCGACUCGCUGUCUACUCGAACGAUCGUCAGCGUCUCGUGGCGGCAGGGUCCAUUUUUCAACUGCCGGCAAACGCGGCCGCCCUGCAGCGCAGCCACGGCCUCUUCGACAACAACGCCAUCGCAGAAGGUGCUGCAGGCUUUGGCCGCGAUAGCUGGUCCGAUCUUCUCGUCUAUCAACAGGAGAAGGAGAUUCAUUGUGGGGAUGGAGGGAAUGUGGGGCAACACGGCGACGAUGUGUCCAAUGCAACCAUCACAGAAAGUGGACGCAAGAGCACCACCGCUACAUCGCUGUCCGAAAAUUCUGUCAAGGAAGUCGCCAGCGCCUUUCACACGGCCGCUCUGUAUGUGCAACUGGAGGAACGCAAGGAGCGUUGGGUACCGGUGGAAGAGGAGACAGAUGCUCAACCAACACGUGCAUCUCCUCCGGCAUCGACACGAGACGCUGAGGAAGCACCGGCGCCGCUGGUCGAAAGCGACACGAGCGUGAGCGUUGAGUGGAAGACGAACUCUGACGCGGACACCGCGUCGUCUCUGACGUCGCCGGACCCGCCCACCAGGCGGCCCACCAACGGACCGCAAUCCGGGCAGAGUGGGGAGGGUGCCACCCUCACUCCUGCGGAGGAAGAGGAGGGCACAGAGGUGCACGCCGCUGUCGCCGCUGCCGUCGUCGAGGCAGCGCACGACGGAGACGAAGGGCCGCGACAGCCGCCGCUGCGCUUGGAGGAGUACUGGAGUUUUUUGGCCGUCUCCCCGCCAUUGCCUAUGGCGGAGCUUCGUGAACUCCCAUUGGAUGGACCGUCGUACGCCGUUCACAUGACAAUGCCUGCCUCUGUGCUGUGCGGGCAGGGUGCGGCACAGGAGACAGGGGUUGUGCCGUGUUGUGUACGCUGGGCAGUUGAGCCGCCACCUCUCCUUCCAAGUGAGUCACUUCCCGAAACGCAGAGGCGCGGCAGCAGUGUGUCUGUGUGGGCUUCAUUGGGAGCUGCCAUCGCACAGUACGAGCGCAGAAGAGGCGGGCUGGCGUUAUGGGACGGUUACGGUCCGGCGACAAGCGACAAUGCCACUCACAAAGAUCACCCACGACCGCCGUCCCCUCCUCCGCUGACCGUGUUGUGGGACACCAUCUGCACCCCCGCUGCAGCGCUACAGUGCCAAGAGGCGGACAUGGAGGCAAACAAAACUCUCGCACCGCAUCAACAACACUGGAGAAGCGGGCUCCUCGACGCCCACACAGUGAGCGCUCCAUUCCCAACACCAAAGCCACAACGGCCCUCUGUGUGCUCGGUGCUAAUGCGCUGCUCCGCUGCGGUGUUGCUGCCGCAGCCGUCCGUGCUCUGCUGCUCCGCAUUUGACGGCGGUGAUCUCGGACUGACCCGCACCUACUGCGUGCCAACGGUGCUCUCCGUCACGGGCGGUCUGAACGGGUUUGUUGGCCACACCACCGCAGCGGCUCGUGCGACCCUCGCGAGUCGCACGCCUGUAAUGCGGUACGACCUCGACUUUCACGCGCUGCUCACGCGGGGCGAGGCGUCGUCGCUGCUGCUGACGGUGCGAAGUGCAGGGACGCCAGCGCACGUCUUCGGCUUUGCAGAGUUCAACCCGUUCGAAGACGCACAACAGUCGCAGCAUCCACCGGGUAGUGGUAGCGCUGGUGGUGGUGGAGUGACGGACCUGUGGCUGCCGAUGUAUGCUCCUGCCGGGGCGGCUGUGACGGCUACGGCGUCGCAGGAGACAAGGAUAAAGAGUCGUUCCUCGACUUCUCCUGUGCUCGCUGCUACUGAUUAUGGUAAUGCUGGCGCCGGUGAAGGGAUCCGGACUGACAGGCAUUCCGUUACGGCGGGUGGUAUGGUCCUCUCCGGCUGGCUGCACUGUGACGUGGAGGUCGUCUUUUGCAGUUCUCUCAGCGAGGCCGCGGCGCAGCGGCUGUGGAACGGUGCCUCGCACAGUCUCACCUCAUUGGACGCCGCCGCCGCCGCGUCAGAGGCAGACGCAUUUCCAAGUAAUAGUGCUGAUGUAUGUGGCGAAAAGGGGUGGAUGGACAAUGUGGUGGACAUCUGUGUGGUGGAGGCGGCGGGACUGCGGCCGCUGCGGGUGCGGUUUGGUGCCCCGUUGCCCCCUGCACCGUUGCUGCGGGAGGACGUAGCCAGUUUCGACGAGGCCGUGGCGGCGGCGCAGCGGUGCACGCACGUGUACUGUGAGGUGGUCCCUCUUCCCCGAGAGACAGUGCGGCAAGAACACCUCUUCAGUGAGAGGCACAAUAACGCUGCUGCUGCUGUGGCUUCCCUGCACGGCAACAGACAGAUCCGGGUAGAUGACAGCUCCGCCCGCGGCAUCACCACUCCACCGCUCCACUCCGCCGUUGACGCAAGUUCGCUCUCGCGCGCUUCUGAAGGGCCAUGGAGCGCGUCCGUCAGUGCGCGAGGAAGACAUGACGGGGAGCGAGCCGCGCACGUUGUCCUCUCCAUCACCGCUGCGGUGGAGCACACAAACCACCCUCGGUGGCAGCACACUUUUCGUUGCGGCCUGGCCGCGCUGAGUAACCUGUGCCUGCGCGUGUUUGACCGUGCUGGGACCGGCACACAUCAACGUGCGGAGGUUAAAGGUGGCGCGGACGCCGCACCUGCGAGGACCUCGGCUGCGAAUCGCUCGUUGCUGCUUGGCACUGCGACGAUGUCGCCGUGGAUGCUGCGGCGCGUCCUCGCCAGCGUGUUCGAUGGACCUGUACCCGGCGAAGGAAGCGCGUGGCUGCCGCUGCUGUGGACCCCGCCGACUUCGGCAUCCGUCAGUUGGCGAAGCGGCGGUGUCAUUGGUGGUAGUGGGAAGGACAGCGGCCGACAGCAACAGGCGUUUUUCCCAGCGGUGAGCAACGGCUAUGUGCUGGUGCGGUGGCGACGGGCCUCGUCGCGUCCCCCACCACCUCACACUGUUUUCGCCGGCAACGACGCAGUGCGGGAAACGGCCUACUACUCUUCCGUCACGCGUCGCUGCCCACCGCAAAGGACGACUGCAGCAGCAGCAUCGUUGAGGAAGUCUGCUCGCUCGCUCAAGUCAGGUGGAAGCGGUCGCCACACGCGUCGUCUCUUCACCUCGAGGCCAGGCGCGGUGUGCUUUCCUUCCGCGUGGUAUCACGGAAUCCACGCACGGCGGUCUUCGCCGAAGCUGACGUGGAUGAGCCCAGAGGUGGCGCCGUGGCUGUGGGUGCAUCGCCUCCGUCUGCAGUGGCCGUGGCUGCAGCACACCCUGGCGAUGCGCGGCGGCCACGUGCGACUGAGUGUGCUGUACCUCGCUUCCACCGGUGAGCAGCGCGUGGUAGACCGAUUUCUGCUGGUGCCGCUGUGGCAGCUACGGAGAGGUGGUGACCGCAGCGACGUCGACCACCACUACAGCAACAGCGAGGCGUCCCGACGAUGCACUCGCACGGGACGGUCGCGUACGGGCACCGCAAACGUGGACGAGAACGGGGCUUUCUGCGCCGUGUCCGCCGCAUCGUUCUCGUUGGAUGCCCUUCAAGACCCGGCAGCGCCUGCGCCAUCGCCGCUGGAGACGGCCUUUUGCCUCCCGGCCAGCCGGUGUGUGGAGUUCCAGUUGUGGUGGUGUCCCAACACCACGCCAUUUGCGAUGCCCAUGAGCGCUACUUCUUGUCCACCUCGCUUGCUGGGCCGCGGUGGCUGGCGCUUCCCUUUUACGGCGGUGGACGCGUACAACCCCAGCGACGACAACAGCGACAGCGACAGUGACGGCGACUCGCGGAGUUGCACCGGAGAGGCCACCGACGGGCUCGACCAGAACACAGCAGCGUCUGCGUCUGUUUUGCAGCGCUUCUUUACUCCGCAUGAGGCUGAUGUGCGUCUGUCUGCGGUGCAGGGUGUGGACGCGCCACAGCACGUCGAGAGCGGCGUACUGCGGUGGCAACUAUCAUCCGUUCCGCGCCUUGCCUGUGCUGCAUGGAGGAAAGCACAGGAGGAGGAGGAGGGAGAGGAGCAAACCCGCACAAUGGCAGCCACGCAAGCUUUAGCUCCACUGCCACCACCGAUAGCAGCGCCAGAUCCGGCUGGGUAUGCCGCUCGUGCUGGGUCUGCGAAGGACGCACCGCGGUGGCAGUGGCCGGACGUUGGCGUCGCCGCCUCCCUGCACGCGCGGGUGCACAACCUGAUCUUGUUCCGCUGCGCCGACGAGGCAGCGGCAGCGGCUGCCGUGGGUAAAAUGUACGUUGUUGUUGAGGAGCUGGAGCGCAGCGGUGCGGCCGCCAGUCGGCUUGCCGUUCGAGCAUCAACAAAGGAAGCGUGUUGGCUUGCGCCGGAAGCUGUGCCGAACGCAGCAACGCCUCGUGUGCCGUACAUUUGGUCAGGCAGCGAUGACGUGGGCAUCGGUGGUGAUAGGGCUGGUGCGUGGUCGGACAUGCGCAGCAGCACGCAGAGCAGUCGGUCACCGAGCUUCAGAAGGACACCGUCUCCUGCGGCCUCGAUCCGCACGCAUGAAGAGCGAUCUGCACGGGCGAUGCAGGGAAGCGCAACGGGUGCGGACGGCAUCGGCGUCGCUUCACCAGCAGUAGAGUUGCGGUGGUCGCCGCGCCGCUUUGAAUGGCUCAAAGACGAUGUCCCGACUGUAGCUUUGUGGCUGUUGUCUGCGGAGACGAACAGCGUUGAGAAGCGUGAAGAGACGGAAGUGGAAGAACGUGUCUGGGGCGCUGUGCGGCUGCCUCGAUUGGAGGCGUUUACUGCCAACGCCGGCGUGCUGUGGCUGCCUCUGUUUCGAACCUAUGCAGCACCGUCUUCACUGGGUGGUGUAGGCGAUGCGGAGCCUGAGGCGAAGGAGAAGAACGGUGAGGACGGCGACGCACACCGUAGCAGCGGGCGUGGCUCUGCGACUCGCUCUAACCAAGGCGCCGCUGGUAACGAUGCGACGUCGCGCACGCCGGCGGUGGACGGAGGAGGCGGUGAGGUGGUUGUCGAACAUGUCGGCUUUGCGGCUGUAAGUUAUGGACACAACUUUGCUGCGACCAAGCUACCAGAGCAGCCGGAGGAGAAUCAGCUGCGGAGGGGAAGUGCAGAUGACGCGGCGCUCGCCGUCCGCGCCAGGAUGUCGCGACUCUUGCUUGUCCAGGCAGGCCCUCUGCGCUGCCGGUACGCAGCUAGUAGUAAAACACGGCUGUAUGCGGCGCAAGCGGAGGAGCAGACGAGGGAGACUGCAGACUUCGUGCAUAGCACUGCGGCGUCCAAUCGCUCUCAUCCAGAAGGAACCCGCUCUGCUACGCUGCUACCACCAGCUGCCGCGGUGGGGGAGGGAAACGGCGUUUCUGUUUCGUACGGCGACAGCGACUUCGCCGUGGCGCCCUCCGCACCGGCAAGACAACCACCUCCGCCACUUCAAACUCCGUUGAACCCUCCUCCUUCCUCCCAGUUUCCUGCUGACGCGGGUUUCGCGGAGGUGCUUCUCGGUUUCGGAGAGUAUCAAAUGAUUGUGUCGGUGAACAGAGCUAGGACGUGUUCCGACAGUUCCACACGCAGAGAUCAGCGGACACCCUCUCCGCCGGUUGUGGUAUUCCCCUGGCGAAGCGCCGGCCCGGACGUGCGUCCAGUGCGGGUACAAACGCGGGUUCCUGCGCUAGGAAGCAAAAGCAUCGCGACAGCGAGCAGCAGGUUCCACGUACGCAUCAGCAAAGAAGACGAUGGGUACGCGCUCAACAGCGGUGCUCAGUGGGUGCCUCUCUUCAUGGGACACAGCACCCUGACAUCACGCCGUGUCAGUGUUGCUGCUGCUGCUGCUGCUGCUGCUACAGCUGGUGGCGAUGGUGCGCCAGAACCGGCGGAAGGCGACUGCGUUGCUGGUGAGAUACUCGUGCGGUGGCGCCUGGUGGAGCCGCCGCCGAUGACGAUGCCGGAAGGCGAACAUCGUGCUCCUUCAUCGGAGGAACAACGGCUGCAUUGGUUAGUGGAGACGUACUGCGGCGGUGCUGGCGCUCCCUGUUCUUACGCGGUGUUUAACAGUCCUGCCACACGAGCAUCAGCGCAGCAUCCGUCCUUGAGGAGUGGUGGUGUGAUGAGCGUUGCAACUGGUGGCGCAGACGGCAGUUGGGUAAUGAGAGCCAGCAGCGGUAGCGAGACGGAAGGCAACGUUCGCGAGUGGGCGGCGAGCUGGCACACUGCCGCGGUGCCGUCUCGUGCGCCGUUGCAAGCGUCGGAGCUGUUCAAUGUGCUGUGCAGGGCAGGACCGACACAUCACCCCUGUGUGUAUCUCCUCCUUUCCCGCAUACAGCUGCAGUGCAGCGGCGCGCGUGUGCGAGCGUGGCGGGAGCUGAUGAGACAAGACAACAACCACCGCAGCGGCGGUGUGGAGUACCCCUUCCGUUUGGAGGCGCGGAUGGAGUGGCCUGCGGGCUGGCCUACGACGUGGCUCUGCACCGCGCCGCCGUCCCCAGCGUCUCCCCUCUUCGGGCACGAACACGAGCCAGGCACGGCGGAUUCGUCUUCAAAGGAAGCACACGACAGGACCACUCCACACACCGGAACUAUCGCGCUGUUCAUGGACACCGUCGAUGGCCUGUUCACGAGUGACGCGGCAACGCAGUUGCAGAGCACGACGAAUGGUGCAGUGGAGCAGACUUUGACAUGCACCUGCGCACCCCUCUGCCUGCCGCUGCCCUCACCGCAGCACAUUCAGAUGGCGCUGGGGCUGCCGGGGCUGGCCGCGCGCUUCCGUGUGUCUUUUCGUCUCUUCGCGCUGCGUCCACCUGCCCCAAUUGUCGCCCAACCGGAAGAAAUCAUCGCAGAUGCUCGCACAGAGGAGGCGAAGCGUGAAGAGGAAGAUGAAGGUGCGGCGGAGGUGUGCCUUGGGGCCGGCGGUACCCCGCUGUCGUUCCCGCACAUCACCCAGCACAACAUUACAUCUCUUCUCCCUCCCCCGGCAAAGGACGAGAUGAACGGCAGAAGAAACAGCGGAAGCGGUCCAACGGCCGUCCCACAAGCCGACCCGCUUUUUCUAUCUUGGCGAGCGCAGCUGUCGGAGAGCGUGCCGCUGCCGCGAACCUCUUCGCUCUCGGCCAGGGCCACACCAGCAGGGUCAGCUGUGCUUGAGGGAUCGGAGAGUGAUGACGAAGCUCUUUUGUCGAUGUCAGAUUCUGCUCUCCUCAUGCAGGAAGCCAACAGCGACAAGACUCUGUUGCACCCUUCAUCCGGGGCAAAGAGCAGCGGCCGUGGACGCAGGUAUUCCGUCCUGGCCCGACUGACGGUGAAGCACAUUGAAAUGCUGGGUGUCGAUGUGAGCCUUGCGUGCGGCGCGGCACAGCGUCACCGACAGGCGCUUGCCCCGGCUACCGUCGCGGUGAUGGUGGGCGGUGAAGGAGAAGGGCGAGAAGAGGACGCGGUGGAGCGCACACCGACUCCUGGCAACGGCAACAGCAGUGGCAGCAGCACGCGUAGAAGGAAGGAGAGCGCACCGUUGGCGCCUUUGGCGAGGACGGCCGCACCGAGCGUUUUCCUCUCGUCCACCGUUCUGCUCACUCCCGUCCUUUCCGCGGAUGCAGGAGGCGCCGAUGCACCUUCCGCCGGACCACCGCCGGCCUCUGCUGCAUCCGUGAGCAGACGCGACAGCCGGACGUGGACGUUGCUGCAGCGGCAGCGGCAGCAGCAACAGCAGCGCUACAGCUGGACCGCCGAUGUUUGCGUGAGUGCCACGACGCAGCUCGUGCUGUACGUCCGCGUCGCCGAGGCGGACCUGCGCGCCGCUCGCGGCGAGGAGGUGUGGAGCACGGCGGAGCUUGCCAAUUCGAUGGAGGAGACAAAACGGCCAGGCGGAUCGGCGCUGAAUGCUGGGAGAAGCGAACUCGUUGCAAAGGCGAUGUUUGUGCUGGACGCUGCAUCGUGGGUACAACAGCAGCUGCAGCGGAGCAGUUCGACUGACGCUCAGCCGAGCACGCACGAGGUGCUGCUCGACUUGGAGAGCCUGACGGAGGGGCGGUGGAGGGGCCGGCUCUGGCUGGAAGUGGAUUACCUCGCUGCCGACACCUUCCUGCUCGACCCGCGUGGCACCUUCUUGUGUACGAACGUUUGCCUUCAAGUCCGCAGCUGCAGCGGCUUCGUCGUCGGUGAUGUGGCACUCACGCGCAGGGUCGAGGAAACCUAUCACGCGUUGCGGCAGCGGGCGAAGGACGAGUACGAGCUGCGAGGCAGCAUUCCCCGCGCACUGCGACAUCACGUGAAAGAGGUGCGACACAUGCGGCGCCAGUUGAGCAAACAAGGUGGCCCUCACGCCAGGGUGCGUCUCUCGUGUGCUGGGGAGGGCGCCACAAGUAGCAGUUCUUUCUCCUGGACCGCGCCGCCGUUUUAUCUUCCCUCUGCGCGGUCACUCGUGAGGAGUGAACGUGGGGGAGAGUCACGCGAGGGCUCGUGGGGUGCUGGUGGUUCAUCUGGCAAGGACGUGACCUCCGCAUCUGCCUCAGGUCCGUUGCUGACGCUUUCACAGGUAAUCGACUACCCGACGAGCGGCAACCGCACGGCAACCCCGACAUCGUUUGAGCUUCGGUUGGUUUCCCUCGGAGAUACCGACGACAGCACCAGUAAUGAAGACGGUGAUAACAGCGAAGCCGUUUUAGCUGUAGCUCAGGUCCGCCUGCCGCUGCUGCGCGCCGAGGAAUCGUUGUCACGUGCGGCCUCCUACACACGGCACCUCUCCGUACCGUUGAUCCUCGGCGCCGUCAGUGCGGCAGCACGGACCGGCAGCACAACGACAGUUAAUACGAAGAGCGGCGAGCUGGUUCAGCAGCGCAUGAAGAUAAUCAACACCGCCGCCAAUGCACCGGGCACGCUGGCCGUGACGGCUACGUGGUCCGUGACACCGGCGCGCGGCGACACGUACGCGACCUGCCUCCUUGUGGAGGCCACCGGCGGCAGGUCCUCUGUGGGGGCCGGACAUCGCCGUUGGGUGCUUCGCUGGGUGUACGUCUUUGAGACCUCUGCUCGCCCGGAGGUGGAGCACGAAGUGGACAUGCCCCUCUCUCUGCGACCAUCAUCUCACGAGAAGACAGCACCGCUGCGGAUGUCAUCGCGCACCCCUCCCUCCGCCUCGCCUCUGCCUCGUGAAGGUGUCGGAAAGCACGCAACGGUUUUCUGGUCUGGUGCCACCACACGGCUGCCUCGCGUGGGAUCGAUGGGCGCCACCCUUCGCCGUGUGGAGCUGCUCGAAGCUACACCGGUGGCUUCCACCGCCUUUUCCGAAGUUCCGCCGACGGAGGACGGCGCGUACACGACAACCAGCCUUGCGGUGCUCAAGUGGACCGUGGAAGACGAGCUGCAACUGCGUGCAACGCGACGCCAGAUGCGACAGUCGGGUGAGGAUGCCUGUAUGCGGCUCAACUUUGCGAGCAGGGCAGCGGGCGGCCGUCACGGCCCUCUCUACACGGUUCUACUGGGACUGUAUAGCAGCAACGCCGUUGCGCAAUACGAGUCGCAUCGCCUGGCAAAGGCGAUGGCGGCGGUGAAUGCCACGUCCGCGACGACGAUAGAGAGGGCAACCCGUGAGAGCCGCUUACAGAGCGAAGGUGCCUCCUCCGUCGCGUCGCUCGCUCGUUCGCACGUACCUCUUCUCCGUACGCAGGCGGAUGUGAACGUUGCGGACUCGACGUACUCUGUAAAAGCAGUAGGAUCUAAGGUGGACCAUGCAGCAGCGGAAGUGGAGGGAAAGCGCAGCAAACAAGCAGUGGAGCAGAGGGGCGGUGUGGUGAUGAGGGCGGUGUUCUUCCGCUGCGGCGACGCCGCGCUCUCGACGGCAGGACUGAAGACGGCAAACGACCUCACGUGCAGAAUAAAGCGCGUUGCGAAGGGCGGCAGCGCCAAAUUUCACACGAACAAAACUCAAGGAAAAGAGCAGCGGGGCGACGGCGAAUGUGUCGUGCUUGACGCCGGCCAAGCAACGCGUGUGCUGCAGACACAAAGUUCCCCUUCUCAGGUUGAGGCAGCUGACACGAAGCCCUCGCAGGCUUCUGCCAUGCACAUCACAGCAACGUGGGCCCGCGCAGAUGCUACAGGGUCCUUUGCGGUAACACGGCGCGCACAGGCAGGUUUCUCGCCAGCAUCCGGCGCCAUUCAAUGGCCAAUCCUAAGCUUGCUGCGUCUCGACAUCCCCACCGGAGCGACGGUCAGGGGAGACGUUUUACAUCCCUGUUCGUCUAUGGCGGACAUCACGAAUGGCGGCGACAACGACGCAUCCAGCGUUGCGGAGGCGCAGCUUUGCGUAGAAGUCUGCGUGCGCGACGGCGACAACUGCGUCCGCUACGUGUCUGACCCCUUCUCCGCUGGCUCCGUCCUCCACGCGACGGAGAGCAUCAAACCGGACCUGCCCACCUCCUUUGGAGACUGUGUUGGCGGGCUGCGGUGGAUGACGCACCUCCGCAUGUACCGCGCUGAGACCGCGUCGACUGCGACAGCAAUCACAAACGGACACGUUCCCAGCUACGCAACAACGCACGGUGAGGACAUCGCUGCUGUGGCGGAGGCCGAGGUGCUGUGGGGGUUGGAUGUUCUGGGCAUUCAGUCGGUGCUGGCGGCGGUGCCAAGUCUGUUGCCGCAAACCGAUAUUUGUCGUCAUGGUGAAAGCGGCAAGGAGGGAAGAGGAGGAAAAGCAAACACAGCCACCUCUGAUAUUGACAACAACGACGAUGACGAGGAGGACGACACGCUGCAACAGCUGGAGAGUUGCGCCGCGUGGGUGGACUUCUUUGCCGCCCUGCGGGCACAGGAGGAGCUGCGCGAUCAGCACACGCACCUACGCUACUGGCGAUUCCGUAUUGUGGGCGUGGAGGUGGACGGGUUGGCACUGCCGAUGUGGUCAGCCGGUGGCGUGGACGGGGGUGAGCGAGGGUCGAGGCUGACCACACUCUUGGCACAGCUGAACUUCUCUACGCGGCGGGCAUCAAAGGGAACGAAAGACGAAGCGAGAGAGAAGGCGAAGGCGACCCGCAGCAGCGCGCUCGAAGACUGCGUGCUUGGUGUAGCACGCACCACCGCCGCUCGCGUGGUGCCGCCAAACAGCAGUGACAGCAUGCGGCCCAUCACGGAUGUGGACGGUACCGGUGACGCAGCCACAGCAAAAUCACUUUCGGAGCGGCUGUGCGUGCCGACCGGAGAAGCGGAGCCGUUCCGUCAGUUUCCUUCUCGGACGGCGACGACGUAUCGUGCGGUAUUCACCCCCGCUGCGUGGUGCAUCGCGUUGCAUGACAUGAUGCGACACGGCCGCGUAGCCGCUGAUCGUGCGAAUGAGGAUAAGAAGGCAUCUGAAGACGGCGUGCGAGGCCCUGCUGUUGAAGCAUCAACGCCGCCUGGGCUGACGCUGUGGCGGCUGCUCUCUCCGACAGCCGCUGCUUCCAUCACCGGCCCUUCCUCUGCCACCGUUACCGCCACCACGCAAGCGAUCUACGAGCUGGGUGCCGUGCAGCUUUCGUUGUUGUUUCAAGAAAGCGCGUUGUUUCUCGUUCGGGUCCUCGCGCGGUGGUGCAGUGGGGCCUGCACACAGGAGGAGCGAGAUGCCCUGCUCGGCGCCGCCGCCUCGUUCCCCACGCAGUGGGUGGCUUUAGCGGACCCAACGUACCCGGAAGGUAUGCGCGACACGCAGCGAAGUGCGGACCAUUGGGGCGGUCGCACCAGCGGGCACGGCAGCAGUGGCCCUCGCGUGCGCUUCUUCUAUUCUUUUUCGUAUGACGGACCUCAAAGUCCGACAGCGGCGGCGUUGCACGGCGCGACGCCACCACUACCACCCUCUUCAUCUGCAGCAGCACCUGCCAUAGCCUUUGCGGUACCACCAGCUGUGGCGGUGCCGGCGGCGCUUGCCGAUGCGGUGUACUGUGCGCAGCUGGACCACGUGCAGCUGGUGUGUCCAAAGCUGGCAAGUUUCACAGGUGGUCACGCGUCAACCGGGGUCACGACCAACAACAACAGUGAAGAUCAGCUCGCGGCAGCGGCAGUGAAGUGGCUCAGUCGUGUGAUGCUGAGGAUGCGCGUCAUGCUGAGAACGGUGGAUGCGGCUGACGCGGAUACCGUCAUCGACACGCACGUGGUGGCCCGGUGGACAACGCGUCUGGCGCCUCUGCCCUCACUGCCUCGACUCAAACCGGAAAGCGAAGCUCCCCCUGCUUCAGUGGUGCCGCCGUCCACACAAGCGAUGGUGGCGCCGUCGCCGCUGCUGCUGCUGCGAUCCGCACCGGUGCCGAUCCCUGUGCCCGUUCCUGUCCCCAUCCCCGUUACUAUUCGAGUUCCAGCAGUCGUCGACUCGGAGGGUACUCCUACACCAUCUCCAUCCCUGCCUCCCGCGGCGGCGACUACGCCUGCUGUUGCAGCACCCGCGCGUAGCGAGCCCGCAGGGGGCGGGAAGCCCAAGACAAGCGAAGAGUUGUCUGGCGCUGGCGACGCCGCUGUCUCUGCCGUCGCACAAUCGCCUUUGCCGGCAGCCUCUAUCGUCCCCACCGUUAUUCCGGCACUUCCCACGACGAGCUGCUUCUGCUGGCAGCCCUCACCUGCCGAGAGCGGUGCUCACGCGAAGGCAGCGGCUGGUGGAGGGCGAUUCGCAGCCGCGGUGAACACAGCGGUGCUUGUUUCCAUCGAGACGGAGCUGUGCUUUCGUCCCGACGACAACGGCGCAGCAAAUGCGAGUACGACUGCGCAGGAACUGAGCGCGUACGGGGACCGUGCGGGCCACGACGACGACGACGAGGUCGUCGGGCGCAGCCACGUCUACGUCGGACGCACCGAGGCGGGCGCGCUGCGCUGGGACGGGGCGGAGGAGCGCCUUGACGAGGGCUGGCGCCUCACCGCGCCAGUGUCGGUGCGCAUUCCCGUCACGGCGCCUUUUACGGACAACGACACGCACCGCACUGCGCAAGUGCCUCCUGCAAGCGGUGAUGGAAACGGCAGCGAUGCUUCCGCGACGGCCCCACUUACGCCGUUGACGGCGCACGUCGUCUUCGACCUACUCGCCUUCACUGCUCCUAGCUGGAGCAUGGUCGCUGCCCUGCAAGCGGAGCAGCGGGCCAGCAACGAGCGACGGCUGCGCAGCUUGACCGCUCUCCAGCGCACAGAGGCUCGCCUGUUAGCUGCGGUGGCCUCCUAUUCGUCUUCCUCCUUUUUGCUGUCACCACAGCCGCUCUCGACUGCCGCUGUCGCGCAUUCAUGCCGCCUGCUGCGUGUGCCUCCGGCGGAGUACCGAUUGGACAGCUUCGCCGUCAUGGACGUGAUUGAGCAGAUGGAGAACGGACACACGAGGACGGGGGAGUGCGGCAUGUCGGGGAGCGGGCAGUCACUGUGGUCAAUGCCGUUGAUUGUGGUGGAGAGCGGUGAUGGCAAGUCGACACGUGCCCUCGCCAACAACAGCGGCAGCGAGAGCGUCUUGUACCGCAGGACGUUGCUGGUUGAUGCUCUCUCAGGCGAAGUGCGCACGCCGAAGUGGCACCUUCUCCCAUCGUUGACGGACACCGCACGGAGCAAUCAGUUUAGCAGCAGCAGAGACAGCAGUGACGGUUGCUGCAAUGCACACCAGCAGGGCUUGCGUUCUGCGAUGAAUCUUCCAGCGGGACGUCUGCUCUUACAGGAACGGGGGCGACUUCGCUUAGAGUUGUGUCGCAGCGCAGAUGCGUGCUCAGCAUCGUCUCUGGCAGGCCUGAUUGGCGGGGCAGCCGUCUCAUACACCUCCGCCAACGGUGACGCCUGUUUGUGGGUCAGCGGGGGGCUGCGCCUCGCGCUGGUUCCGUCGAGAGGAGCUGCGUUGAGGGCACAGGCGCCGCAGCGUGGCGAGGCAAGGUCGCCCGUACCCUUUCAUCCCCCUUCUGUUCGUACGGCAGGUUUACCGAAGCUGUCGUCGCAUCGCAGGCGAUCGCACGUGUCCGGCCCACCUGCCCUCGCAGAGACAGAAGCUGCCGUAGGCGGACCGACCACGACAACGCCAUUUUAUCAGCUGUACGCUUCCCAUUACCUCUGUCAGCAGUGCACCACGAAAGAGAGGAGCAGCGGGGAAGCCCGCGGGGCCGCAGGAGUUCCGCGAUGGAAGUGCGAAGUGGACGCGCCAUCGACGUCGGCGCCGGGGUCUGCGUGUCGUCGCCUGUUCCACACCGCCACGACGCUCGGCGAAAACCGCGUGUGGCUUCUCGGCGGGUGGAGUGCCGCCAGCAGUGCAGUGGCGCUGCCAGCCACGGAGGACUUGUACGCGCGUGUGCUCACGACCGAGAUGCCGGUGGGCUCUGGGUUGGUGGAGCGCCGACGCAGCGAAGUGCGCCACGCAGCCGCCACCUUGGCAUCGACGACGACGGCGGUGCUGCAGUGGUGUGAGACGGUGAGCUGCGUGCAGCGCAUGACGGACGGUACACCGGCGCCAUCUGUCGACGUCAUCGCAGAAACCACGGAGGCGGGCAGUACGGAUGUAGAGGCUGCUUCUGCGCGAGGGCCGUCGCAGCCACCACCGCGCAUUGCGUGCCACGUCGCGGCUGCGUGCGGGCUCCGCCAUGUGGUCCUCUUUGGCGGGUUAAUGCCGGAUCUGGAGGGCUCGCUGUGUGCGGCUUCUGCCACCGCAGUCGUUCACGCCUACGACACGGUGCAGGGGACGUGGACAAGCGAGCCCGCGUCCUCCGAGGGGCAGCGGUGGCCCGUGGCACGCUACGGCCACAGUUGUGCUGUGGUCCCCGGUACUGGCGGCACACAGCCAUCCAGCUACUUCGUCUUUGGCGGCGCUAGCAUCACCGGGCGGGGAAGUGCGUCAGCGACAAAGAACGCGUGCGCGCUGGUGCCGCCGGCAGAGCUGCUGUGGAUUUGGACACCGCUGGUGGGAGAUGGCGGGCAGGUGCGGUCUGAGUGGCGGCGAGUGCAGAUGCCCACUGACGUGCCAUCCCCUCUCACGGGUCGGUUCCUACCCCAUCUGUUAGCGCUCUCCGCGGCAGAGGUCGUGACGUCUGCUGCACCGUCGGAACCGUCGGAAACAGAAGCGAUGGGUUUGUGGUGGGGACCUGCGGACAACAGGGUGCCGGUUGCUGGGGCAGACGUGGGGCUCACGUCGCUGGUGCUUUGCGUCGCAGGGGGCAUGACGGAGACGUCGGUGGCGGCUCGGGCAGUGCGUCCUCCGAGUGGUGCGAGCGCCGCCAAUACGACAGCAGAGGGCGAGAGGAAAGCAGAAAACGACGCAUGGGGUGCGUUCAGGCAGUACGUGGAGCGGUGGCUCUCAUGCCCAGCAAACAACGUGACCGCCGUGCUGCUGACGUCGAUGUGCGAGCGACCGGCGCUGUAG